UGUUUUUGGCAGCUGCUGCAUCCUGUUGCUGUUCAUUUUCUUUUUCCUGAGUAUCUGUGCGCUUCAUACAUCUCUGUUUUCUCUCCUCGAAGCUUUCAGAUUUCUGUCAGCGCUCCAGCAGAGCGUCGUGUCUUCGUGGAAGGACGGGCGGGUUCUUCAUGAGCUUUAACCAUGUAACACGAUGGUCAUGAAUGCGUGGCAAACGCAAGGAAACUACACAUCUCAGGACGGGUUAUAAGUGGAUUUUUAGAGCGCGCGCUAGAAAUUGAGUAUGGGUAGCAAUGGAUAACUAAAUAUGCAGUAGUGUUUAAAAAGAAGAGGAGGAAGAAGAAAAACUCCAGUGGACAGCUCGGUGACUACGCAUCUGAAAUAUGCAUGUGAGAUCCCUGAGAUAAAUCGCCUGAAGAUUAUGCAGUCGCGGAGAGUGGCUUUCACAAGGCGGACGUGAAAAACGCAGCGGAGUAAAAACGGAGAAGGAGUGCAGUCUAACGGAGAGCCAGUUCACGUCUCCGUGCUGCAGACUCGACAUCCCUGACAGGCGGUGUAUGUGUAUGUGUGUGUGAGAGAGAGAGUGUGUGUGUGAGUGCAACCAACGCACGAGCAUGUCAAACCGAAAGCACCGGGACAACCAGGAGAUUUGCGCCCGCAAGGUCCGCGAGCUCGCGCAAACAGGCCCCAACAAACAUUGCUUCGAGUGCGGCCAGCCUGGUGUAACUUACACCGAUAUCACGGUGGGCUGCUUCGUUUGCACAUCAUGUUCCGGAAUGCUGAGGGGGCUCAACCCACCCCACAGGGUCAAGUCCAUUUCCAUGACAACAUUUUCCCAACAGGAAGUAGAGUUUUUACAAAACCAUGGCAACGAGGUUGGGAAAAGGAUGUGGCUCUGUACAUUCGACCCAAAGACUGAUGGCUCUUUUGACCCACGUGAUUCGCAGAAGUUUAAAGAAUUUCUUCAGGAUAAGUAUGAGAGGAAGAAAUGGCAUUUCUCUAAGAGUAAAGGCAGGAGGGAUAUAGAGGCUCCAUGGAGUACCGGAGUUCAAGCUCCUUCUCAGACUCAGCCUCCUUCUGGACACCCGCUGAAUCCAGCAGCCCGGCCUUCACGUGCUCUGUCCCAGGCUCAGUUGCCGUCAUGGGAUAGAGUUCCAUCUGUGUCUCCAGCUGAUGUUCGUACAGAGGUUUUCACAGCUCGACCCACUCGAUCCCAGAGCUUCAGAGACCACACUAUUAAAGAUUCCUUGUUAAGUGGAAUGGAGAGGCAAAGACCAGGAACAAUUUCUCCCGGAAUGGGGCCCCAGAGUCGCCUUCCCUCUUUCCCUGCCCUUCCACGCCCUUCAGCAAGUAGCACGUUCAAAAACAGCUUCACACUAGGUCGCACGGUAUCCUCAGGAGGCGGAGCCCCAUUUAGGUCUGUGCCUAAAUCUCUUAGCUUGGAUUUUGGAGGUCUUGGAUCAACCCCUAGUGCACUAAGCCCUCAGGCUCCUCCACUUGUCUCUCAGGACAAGUAUGCUGCCGUGUCUCAACUUGACAAAGCCUUUUCUGACACACCAACCACAGUUGCAUCCACAUCUCCCUCUAGUGGCCCUCCACAAUACAGCACCCUGUUUGGCAACAGACUCUCUUCUAGUUCUACACCUGCAAGCUCCCCAGGUGUGCCAGAGGUCACUUCAGCCUCUCAAACAUUUGCAAAUUUUCCAAACCCCUUCUGUUCUACAGCCAGCAGUUCACAGCCUGCUUUAUCCCCCAGUAACCCCUUCAACAGCACAGCCACAGGUGACAGCGGUACACUCGUGUCUCCUUCUUCAGCUGCCUUCCCCCACUCAGCCUCCUUUCCUGCUCCCACCUCCCAGAAUGCUUUUCCUCAUGAGCCAGCUAAUAAUCAGGAGACAAAUGGUUUCGCAUCUUUCCAAGCACUGGAGUCCACCUCCAAACCCCAGCGGCCGAUGUCCGUCAACCCAUUUACCGGGACGGUUUACCCCACCAGAGGAACGUCACUGAAUCCUUUCAUCUGAUCCCACCGUUCCUUUGACGAGAGAGAGAGAGAGAGAGAGAGAGAGAGAGAGAGAGAGAGAGAGAGAGAACUGGAAUGUGGGUGUAUGUGAAAGAGAGACAGAAAGCUUGAUGCCAUUUCCAUGCUUUGAGGAAACUCCCUCCAUCAGAUAAGGGAGGAAACCACACAUGGACUGCCCAUUUUCCUGAGUUUAAGUUAAUCUGUGUGUAUUAAAGAGUGUAUCCUUUUGUUUAGGUCUGUGUUCGUAUUUGUAUGUGUGAAUGUGUUAUGUGUGUGCACCGUUUUGCACCACACACUACAAAAAAAAGUUUUUGUAAGCAUGUGUGUCUUUGUGUUCAUUUUUUUUUAAUGUAUGGUUGCGUGUGGGUGUGUUCAUGUCAUAUGUGUUCAAUCGAAUAAGUCUAAUGGUGCCGGAUAGCAAGUGGCAAUAGCAGAAACACACAAACACACACACACACACACACACACACUGCUGCUUUAACCUCCUGCCCUGUACUCUUGAUAAAUCAUUGCUAGGCUUUAGCCUGCACCCAACUGGCUUGCAUUUUAGCAAAGACACCUAAGUAUCAAGUUGUAGUAAUUAAACACUGAAAGAGGGUAGCAGGAAACACUAGCUUCAAAUAUUAUGAUGUUAUUAAUAUGAAGUGUGCAGUUUUAUUUAGCUCUCAUUUGGCAGCCAACUCUCCAAAUGCAUGUUAAUAGGAGAAAUGGACUAAAUCAUGUGUUUGUGUAUGUAUGUGAGGCAUACAUGUAUGUACGUCAUCGGCCUGCAUGCGCUUCGUGAGCAAGAAGCUGCCUGAAUGUACUGCAAUUUUGGAAAAGAUUUCACACAGUGUUAUUUGCGUUAUUCAUGUUUAUGGACCAAAAUGUCAGGCUUCUUGUACAUUUUUUUCUUUCUUUUUGGUUCGUUUAGAAUGUCUAUGUAACAGGAAGUACCCAUAUGCAUAAAAAGCUAUUCAUUUGUUUGUGUCAACGUGUAUCUAAUUGUACAAGUUACAUUAUGGAUAUCAAGCCUCAGUUUUGAAAUUUGCUGCUUCAGGAUUUCAUGCAAUAUAUCUAUUUUUAAGAUUUGCAUUUAUAUUUUUAUCUGUGGAAAAAACAAAACAAAAAAAAAACAUCAUUGCGUUAUGAAUGUAAUUGCACUUCUUUAGAGCUUUAAAGUGGAAAUUAAAAAAAGAAAGCUAUCACUUUCAA